AUGGAGUUCUUUAAUGACCGCUACGCAACCAUUGCUGAGAUGGUUGCUACUGCAGCCGUAGCAACUGCAGGUGGUGGGGCUUUUCAGUAUCGGGACUUCGAUAACUCACAACCCCCAACUUUUGACAGAGAACAGGAUCCGAUCGUAGCCAUGAGGUGGCUAUCUGGCGUGGAGGGAUGCGUUUUCACCUAUUCAUGCCCUUCAAACCAGAACGUCAGAUGCGCUCUGAACCUCUUGAGGUCCGGAGCGAAGGACUGGUGGAGACUUGUUACAGGAUCGUACACUGAUGACCAGAGAGCUGCAGUGACAUGGGAUCAGUUCAGGGAGAUGUUUCGCACUUGCUACAUUCCGCGGCUUGAGCGAGAGCGGUUGGCACAAGAAUUUUUGGAUUUGAGACAGGGAUCAGAGACAGUGACGAAGAUCACUCGAAUGUUUACCGAGAGGGCGAUGUUUUUCCCGGAGUUUACUUCCGAUCAGAAUCAGAUGACUCGUUAUUCUAGCAUGCUCAAGACUGACAUCAGAUAG